AGUGGGAAGUGGGGAAUGGGAAGGGGAGGGGAGCGCUCCGGUCUUAUCACAAGGAGGGAGGGAGCGUGCGGUUAACUCCACAUUUCCUCCCCGACGUUUCACGAAAUUGGCAAGAUGAGAGGGAGGCUGGAUUCUCCAUUACACAUGGUAGCAUAUAUAUUGAAUCCCAAAUAUAGUUAUGCUGAUUCAAGCAUCUUCAUAGAUGCAGAGGUUGUGGUUGCGUUUAUGGAAGUGAUGGAGACAUUUUAUUAUGAUGAUGACAAAAAGCAAAAUGUAGUGCUUAACAUGGACUUCACCAAGUUUAAGAAGAAAGAUGGCAUGUUUGGGAAGGUGACAGCCAUGAAAGCAAUUAGCAAUGCCAAUUUCGAUGUUGCUGAAUGGUGGGGAACUUAUGGACUACAAACUCCUGCAUUGCAAGAAAUGGCCAUACGAAUGCUCAACUUGACCACAAGUUCAUCCGGAUGUGAAAGAAACUGGAGCAUUGAUACGUCUCCGUCGUAUCUAUAAUUUUUGAUUGUUUCAUGCCAAUAUUCUACAACUUUCAUAUACUUUUGGCAACUUUUUAUACUAUUUUUGGG